AGAGAAACGAGAGAAACAAGAGAAACGAGAGGAGGAGGAGGAGGAGGAGGACGAAACCAGGAAAGGCUUCUGGCGGCCGCCGGCUCCGCUGUUCGCGGAUGAUGAGCCGCGAGCAUCGUCACCGGGGGGAAGAAGCAAGAGUUCCGCCGCCCCCUCCUCGAGGCCGAGUUCUUCCACUCAUGGUGUUUUACGGCGCGGUUGUUUGAAAUUCUUCGCGUGGAGUCGCGGCCGUAUUUAUAGAGACGCGCGCGGUGUGUGCACGCGCUCGCGAGUUCACGCACGUAGGUUUUCACUCGCGCACGCCUCCUCGAGACCCGGGGCUGUCGGCGGCUGCCGAGCAGCGGAGUGAGAGAGGAGAGGAGAGGAGAGGAGAGGAGAGGAGAGUGAGCGAGAGAGAGGAAGAGACACAGCCGACGUCAGAGGAAACGAGAAAACGGAGUCGCGGUGCGUCGACGGGGCUAAACGGAGGGACGAGCACGCGGCACGUCGCGAUCAUGAAGCGAUGCAUCCGCGACAGGAGCACCGGCCCGCUUCGUCGUCGAGCACGUCCUCGACGUCGUCGAACUGUCUGCGCUGGCUGCCCCCACUGGCAGGCCUCGAUUCACCGGGCAUGAUCGCCCGCCAGCCGCCAACGAACGCGGCCCUCGCCGCCGCCGCCGCCGUCGCCGUCGCUCUCCUUCUGAUCGUCGGCACCGUCGCAGCCGGCUCCGUCGAUCAUGUUUCGAGCGAAAACUGGACGAUCGUGACCAACGGGAACAAUAGGUCCAGCUGGGUGCGCUUGCUCGACGAGGAGCCCGUUGCCGAGCCGUCGAACAACAGAUCCACGAGAUCGACGUUUUUCACGAACUGGAGCGAAUGGUCGGUCUGCGACCGUCAUUGCACGCAGAACCGCGUCCGCAGGUGUAGAUCGAAGAAGAAAUGCGGAACCACGUUGCACAGGGAGGAGCGCACCUGUCGUCACGACAGGAAAGCAAGAUGGAGGCGGUGCAAGCAACGUCAGAGACGGGGCCACCGACGAAAGGAGAAGUUUCACGUUGUACAGCUGCCUAAGAAAGAGGCGGAGCCGAGACAAGGGGAGAGAAGAGGCAAGGAUGUGAAAGACAAGUCCGUGGGUCACUACGGAAAGUGGAGCAAAUGGUCGCCGUGUACGAGGUUCUGCACCACGCAACGCUAUAGGUGGUGCAAGAAGCCUGGCAUUUGCGGCCGCGACGUGAUAAGGCAGAGCGCCUACUGCUACGUGGAGGGUAGCUUCUGCCAAAGAUGGAUCCACCGGAAGAUCCGCGCCAAACAGGAAGAGGACAGCGACGACAUGGUGCUGGACGAGUUCGAGCUGACUCCGAACACGGUGGACAGCUUCAUCCCCGAGAAGAAUCUCAACGCCUGGCGGUGCGGUAUCGCGAGCACCCAGAAGAACUCUCGGUUGUCUUAUUUCACGAGGAUCAUCGGCGGUAGACCGUCGGUCCGCGGCAACUGGCCCUGGCAAGUGGCUGUACUGAACAGAUUUCACGAGGCCUUCUGCGGAGGCACGCUGAUCUCGCCUAGAUGGGUGCUGACCGCGGCCCACUGCAUCAGGAAACGCCUCUACGUCCGCAUCGGCGAGCACGAUUUGACCGUCAAGGAGGGCUCCGAGCUCGAGCUAAGGGUGGACUCGGUCAAAGUGCAUCCCGAAUACGACGCCGACACCGUGGACAAUGACAUAGCGAUGCUGCGUCUGCCAUCCUCUCUGGAAGCGUCCCCGUCGAGAGGAAUCGCCUGUCUGCCAGCGCCUAACCAGCUUCUACCCGCCAAUCAGCUGUGCACCAUCAUCGGCUGGGGAAAGUCCCGAGUCACCGACGACUUCGGUACCGACGUUCUCCACGAGGCUCAGAUACCGAUCGUGUCCUCGGAGGCCUGCCGGGACGUCUACGUCGACUACAGGAUCACCGACAACAUGUUCUGCGCCGGCUACCGUCGCGGAAAGAUGGAUUCCUGCGCGGGCGACAGCGGCGGCCCGCUGCUCUGCCGCGACCCGAGGAAGCCCGACCACCCGUGGACCAUUUUCGGGAUCACCAGCUUCGGCGAGGGGUGCGGGAAACGCGGCAAAUUCGGGAUCUACGCGCGGCUGUCGAACUACGUUCGCUGGAUCAGUCGGGUGAUGAAGGAAUCGAACAAUUUCGAUUGACGAACAACGAACACUGUGCGCGCCAUCGGCUUCGAUCGAGUUACCGCGGCCCGCGGCUGUCGACCAAUCGGUGCGAGCUAAUCGUAGUUUCUUAAGGAACGAUCACCGUAGCCUUAUCGUGUGAUAACUAACCCUCUGGUCGAGCGAUCGCGAUCUCUCGAGCCUGGAAUGGCACCCGAAAUCGGCGCUGUUUCGAUAUUCGACGCCGCGGUCGCGAGAAAACAAAAAGCAUCCGGUGGCAUAAUUGCAUCGUCUGCGACUUCCGUCUUUCGAUUUUACACUGAUCUUUACGCCGAUUCGAAGUCGGCACUGAAUUAGGAACACGGAGGAUCGAGCCGAUCAGGUGCCAUUCCACGAUCAACGCAAUGAUCAACGUAAUCUCAGCGUCGGCGCGCGAUCGCUGGAACAGCGGAGAGCUCGUUGCGCAAAAUAAAUGAAUAGACUGCGGAUCGUUGACGCGAAAUAAAAACUGGCCUGCGCGAGCCGCAAGAAAGCGUG